AUGGAAACACUACUCCCCAGGAGCAGAAAGGAGUUACAGCGCCUCACAGGCAAACUCGUCGCACUAGGGCACUUCAUAACCCGCUUCACUGAUGAACUGCGACCCUUCUUCUUGGCAAUACGAAAAGCCGGUGCGAACGGGUGGACGGACAGCUGUCAGAGCACUUUCGAAAAAAUCAAACACUACCUCAUGCAACAACCCAUUCUAAGUAGCCCUCUCCCUGGAGAAAAAUUGUAUAUGUAUCUGGUUGUAUCGGAGUGGGCAAUUAGCGUUGUUUUAUUUUGCCGCCCCUCGCACAAGGAGCAGAAACCUGUUUAUUAUGUCAGCAGAGCAUUGGCUGACGUAGAAACAAGGUACUCAAAGAUGGAGCAAACGACUUUGGCCAUUCGAAGUGCUGCCCAAAAGCUCCGCCCUUACUUCAUCCCACCCGGUGGUCGUGCUCACCGAUCAGCCCUUUCGCAACAUCCUACACAAGCCGAACCUGAUCGGAAGAAUGCUUCAAUGGGCCAUAGAGUUGAGCGAAAUACUCCCAAAGACUUGUCCAACACAAGGAACCAUGUGGAGAAGAGUGGUGGACUUUGCGGGUUGAUGGAGCCUCUCGGUCAUCAGGAUCCGGAGCUCCGAGUCUACAGUGAUUCCCAACUCGUGGUAAGACACGUCCAAAAGGAAUACGAAGCUAAGGAUGAGCGCAUGGCGCGAUAUCUGACUAAAGUAAGAGACACCCUGCAACAGUUUGCUGAAUGGACAGUCGAAAAAAUUAAACGAACUAAAAAUGGGUGUGCCGACGCCCUGGCAGGGAUAGCUGCUUCUCUCCCCAUCAAAGAAGCCAUAUUAUUGCCCAUUAAUGUGCAAGCCAACCCCUCCGUUACAGAGGCCUCCACUUGCAAUACCAUUGAGGCAAGCCAAGUAGAUGACCAACAGUGGACGGAGGCCAUAAUAAAGUAUCUCCAGACGGGCACUUUGCCCGAAGAGCCCAGGCAAGCACAUAAGGCUCGGGUACAAGCCACCCGUUUCACCCUGAUCGGGGGGCACCUUUACAAGCGGUCCUUCAUAGGCCCCUAUCUCAGGUGCCUAAACCACUCAAAAGCCAGUAAAUGGGUGGAAGCUGAAGUAUACGCUAGCAUCAAAGACAAAGACGUCACCAAGUUCGUAUGGAAAAACAUCAUCUGCCACUUUGGAAUCCCUCAAACCAUUAUAGCUGACAACGACCCACAGUUUGAUAGCAUCACUUUCCGGAAUUUUUGUUCGGAACUCAACAUCCGGAAUUUAUACGCCACACCGCGUUAUCCUCAAAGCAAUGGACAAGUAGAGGCCACAAACAAAACCCUAAUAACUGUCUUAAAGAAGAGGCUCGAGCAAACCAAAGGGAAGUAG